AUGUCAAAAACAAUGCUUGUUUGCGUUCUAGUGUUACUAACAUUUUCCUUUAUAAAAUGCAAAAAACCAAAACCAAACGUUGCUACAACAAAAGAUAUUUCAUCUACCACUACUGUGACUCCAACGUCUAAAGAGCAGGAUGAAAGAAAUAUUAUAUAUAUGACGGACAUUAUGAAGGACUGUAACGAGACCUUUCGAAUAGAAAUGUCGUAUCUAGAGCAGCUGAACAACAGUGGAAGUUUUCCCGAUGAAACUGACCGAACACCUAAGUGCUACAUUCGAUGCGUGCUGGAGACGAGCGGUGUCGCUACAGAAGACGGUCAAUUCGACCCUGCUCUGGCGGCUCUUUUAGUUGCAGAUGUUAGAGGCGGUGGCGACACAAAUGAACUUGAAGAGUUUGCAACUAGGUGUUCGGAGAGAAAAGAAACUUGUAAAUGCGAGAGGUCAUACCAAUUCAUCAAGUGUUUAAUGGAAAAGGAAGUAGAAAAGUUUGAGAAAUCCAAAUAG